AUGAGCUUUUUCUCAGACGCUGUAAGAAAUGGCGCCUAUGAGGACGGAACUUCAUCUAAAUUCUACACCACCCGGCGCAUGGUACCAAAUAGAUGGGUCGUGGAAGGACACAAAAUGUCAAGCGGGAUUAGCUUGGUAUAUUUUGACCCGGGAUCAGGGUUAACAUUAGUAGGGGCUAGUAAGCUACGACGGGGUCUAUACCCCUUACAAAUCGAACUGGAAGCAUUGGUAUUGGCUAUGCAAAGUAUGCUGGUCCAUAAUAAACGGCAAAUGAAUUUUCAAACGGACUGUUCUGAUUUGGUGAAGAUAAUGUCUAAACCUGAUGAAUGGCGUUCGGAAUUCUCCUUGAAGAUGGAGAAGUGCAGGAGGAAGUUUCAGGCGUUCUCCCUAACUCAUAUCCCAAUGAAAAGAAAACACGAAGACGGACAAGUUAGCACAAAGUGCUCGAGAUCUGCCUUAUGA